UUUGUAUCAUUGAAUGUGAAACAAGUUAAACGGACUCUAUCUCAUUUUGGAAAAAAAGAUAAUUAAAAAACAAAGUAUUAGAUUCAAAACAGAAUGUAUGGAGUAUGUGCCAAAAAGCACAAUAAAGCCCGAUGCUAAACAUUUGUCUUCGGUAAUCAAUAUAAUCAAUCUAUAAUGACUGUGUAACGUUUUCAAUAGCUUAUUUAGCAAAUCGUGAAAUAAUGUCAUAGAGUGCUUCUACAGGUUGCAUGUUCGGCCCCCACCCCCCAGGGCUGGCGCAUUUUUAAAUUCGAUAAUUUCUUUCUUUUAUACUUAUUUAAAUUAUCAAAAUAUUACAGGCUUUUUAGUAAAUUGAUUUAAGUGCAUUUAUAAAAAACAAUUCAACAAAACUCUCUUAAAAUCGUUCAUAUGAUCAUUAAAAUAUAAUUAUCAAAUAUAUUAACAAUUCAGUUUAAACGUAUAAAAAUAUACAUUACAAAUCAGACAUUAUUGCAGUUUUGGCCUUCAAAAUGUGGAGAGCGUUAAUAUACUCUCUAUCCAAGAUUCAAUUACUUAGCAUUUUAAUGCAGUAUAAUUACAGCUAAGUUACUUAGUACAAUAUAUUGUUAUGCUUACAUUCAUGUACGAAUAACAUAAAAGCUGAUGCUUAUGCUGAAAUUACUUUAUUUUCACUUUUCUCUCAUAACGUACGAGGUAAGUGAAUAAACGAAACUAAACACCAACAUAAUACUAGGGUGCAAUACGCAUGCAUAUAUGUUAUCAUCAAGUCUAUGUCAAAAAUGUUUAAUACAGGCAACCAACAAGAAGACACCGAAUCAAGAAUCGCCGAAAAGGACAAUAGAGACGGACAGCUUUGGCGCGGGCAUUCAAGGAAGUUUCGACACAGAAAUCCGCGAGUUGUUCCGUCUGUUCGACACCAACAAUGACCGCUCCAUCUCCAUUCAGGAGCUCGGCACGGCCAUGAGGUUCCUUGGAAUGACUCCCACUGAUCAGCAGGUCGCCGAUGCCAUGCGGGAACUUGAUGCCAAUGGUAAUGGGCGAAUAGAGUUUCAAGAGUUUUAUUCAUUUAUGCAUGCGGAAAUGUCAAAAGUCAGUGAUGAGUCCUAUACAAAUAGGGAAGACAUUGUCCGGUCUGCGUUUAGAACGUUUGAUCGAGAUGGAAACGGUUAUAUUGAUGAGAAGGAAUUUAGAGUGGCCAUGAAAAAGCUGGGAGAGACUCUCACGGACAAGGAACUGGACGACAUGAUGAGACAGGCAGAUGCGGAUGGGGAUGGCAAGAUAAACUAUGAAGAAUUUGUAAAGAUGUGGUGUGAAGCGACAUGAAGAGUCUUUGACCUUACGCCAGAAGGACCAUGUCAUUUUGUUCUUAUCUCGUCAUACAGAUUUAGCUUCAAUUUUUAUACAUUUUUAAAAAAUGCAAACACCUUUAUUGGAAUAUAAAAUAUAAGUAUUAUUUUACAGCAUUUGUCAAACAUUAAUUUGUAAACGAAUACAUGUAGCUUCUGAACAUGAUGUUCACAGUUUGUAGUAUCUAAUAGAUGUAUGUCUUACAAGUGUUGUGAUAAAAAUAACUACGCAUACAUUAAAUGCCUUAGCUGGAAAUUAGUAUUUAGUCAGUAUUUUCAUGUAUGACAGUUCUUUGAUAUUACUAAGAAUUUCAAUUAGUCGACGAUGAUAUUUAAUAUGGUAAAUGAUAAGCAACAAAUAUUUAAAAGCAUAUGUAUAUGACUACUUAUAACAUCUAAUACGAACAUACGACUCUGUGUUUUUACUUUCGACGUAAAUAAUUAAAGCACCAAUAUUUUUGACAGUACACACAUAUGCUCAGAGUUUCUAGAGUUUCAUUGUUUUUUCUACUUAAUGAAAAUACUUUGAUUAAAAUGCUUCCCAAUUUAUGCCGUUUUUCAAAACGGAAUACGAAAUGAAAAUAUACAGAAUUCCAUUAGUUCAUCUGCUCAUACAUGUACAUAUGUGUAUAUUUUCUUAAUUGUGGAGAUAAAUAUGACAGAAGUCUACAUAUGAUGGUAUUUGCUUGACAAUAGAAGAUAACAAUGAUGAUAUCAAAAAAGGCAGCGAAAAAAAUAUCCAUGUACAGUGAACAUUCUGCUCACCAUGUUUGUAAAGUGAUAUCACUCUAGUAUUGUGUUACAAUAACAAGCAAAAUAGCUUUAACGAUCAAACACGUUAAUAAAAUUGCCAAAAAGA